GCUAACGGCUACGUUUGCUACGUGACACACUUCCGUUGUGCUACUAUGGCGUUACUGUAGUAACGGCCCUAAACAUUUCAGCCAGUUUUACUCUCCCUGUUGACAGCUUGCCUCUAAAAUGUCAAGGUUGCAUUCUCGUCGAGUUAGAUUCGGAAGCUCGCAGGACAGGAAACUGUAUCCCCGCUUUUUUCCGCCCGACCGAUUAGGAAACCAAACGAAAAGACACGAAGCUCGGAAACCGCCGCAUCUCGGACCGGGUUGCUAUUCCAACCACGAGUUUCGCACCAUUGUUUACAAUCUAGAAACCAGACCAGAGAGUGAUAUGGGAUACGUUCUCUCUGCCCGGACUGACACCCGUUUUCCACCUUCUAAGUUGACUCCAUCACCUCAGCAGUACCAGAGAGAUCAGAGCAAAUCCAGAGUUCCUCUCCACGGUAGAGCUCCAUUCGGUUCUUAUGAAGAAAAAUUCAAAAUGCACAGAAACGCUGCCAGUGUCAGCCCGGGCCCUGGGAUGUACGAACACAUCAUAACAAAAACCAGGAAGGUGAAGUGGCCCAUGUGCUUUGGGAAACCGGACUGGUCCAAACUGCCGCAGAUGGACAAGCAGGCUGUCAAAGUGACGGUACCCAAAGACUAUGGCUUCAUUAGGCACAGGGGCAAACUGGCCUAUCUGAGAUUGUACUUUUAACUCUACAGCUGAGCCAUGAAAUCACUUCACAACAUGGAUGCCAUGAGGAGUCGCCUGAAGCUGCAGAAAUCCUCACUUAGCUGAUACAGUAAGAGUUAAUAAAAAACAAACUUGCCUUU